AUGGCAGACAAACCUGUGUCCCUGACUGAGACAAGGCUUAUGGAUGUGAAAGUGAGACAGCUGCCCUACUGGCUGGCCGCUCAUGACUUCACUCCAAAUGGCAUUAUCGGGGAAAUCCGCAGAGGUCAUAAUCGAUAUUUUACCAAGUAGAUUGAUAUGAAGAAAGGUGGAAUUGGAG